UCGAAGGCAGUGGUUCAGGUGUUUGAAGGAACCUCUGGCAUUGAUGCGAAGAAAACAAGCUGUGAGUUCACUGGAGACAUUCUGCGUACUCCAGUGUCUGAAGAUAUGCUUGGUCGUGUUUUCAAUGGGUCUGGAAAGCCAAUAGACAGAGGUCCCACUGUGCUUGCUGAGGACUACUUGGAUAUUAUGGGUCAGCCAAUAAAUCCUCAAUGUCGUAUCUAUCCUGAGGAGAUGAUUCAAACUGGAAUAUCUGCUAUAGAUGGCAUGAACAGUAUUGCGCGCGGACAGAAAAUACCCAUUUUCUCAGCUGCUGGUUUACCACACAAUGAGAUUGCUGCCCAGAUCUGUCGUCAGGCUGGUCUUGUCAGAAAAAGCAAAGAUGUUAUGGAUUAUACUGAAGAGAACUUUGCCAUUGUGUUUGCUGCAAUGGGUGUAAACAUGGAGACAGCCAGAUUCUUCAAGUCGGAUUUUGAGGAGAAUGGGUCGAUGGACAAUGUGUGUCUAUUCCUGAAUCUAGCUAAUGACCCAACCAUUGAGCGUAUUAUCACUCCUCGCCUUGCACUGACGACAGCUGAAUUCCUCGCGUACCAGUGUGAAAAGCAUGUGCUGGUUAUUCUCACUGACAUGAGCUCAUAUGCAGAGGCUCUCAGAGAGGUCUCAGCAGCUCGAGAGGAGGUGCCUGGUCGUCGUGGUUUCCCUGGUUAUAUGUAUACCGAUUUGGCCACCAUUUAUGAGAGAGCUGGACGUGUAGAGGGCAGGAAUGGUUCCAUCACACAGAUCCCCAUCCUAACCAUGCCAAAUGAUGAUAUCACUCAUCCCAUUCCUGACUUAACUGGCUAUAUUACUGAAGGACAGAUCUAUGUUGAUCGACAGUUACACAAUCGACAGAUAUAUCCUCCAAUAAAUGUGCUACCUUCAUUGUCAAGAUUGAUGAAGUCAGCAAUAGGAGAGGGAAUGACACGCAAGGAUCACGCAGAUGUCUCUAAUCAGCUGUAUGCGUGCUAUGCUAUAGGUAAGGAUGUGCAGGCUAUGAAAGCUGUGGUUGGAGAGGAAGCUUUGACUGCUGAUGACCUGCUGUUUCUGGAAUUCCUGCAGAAAUUUGAGAAGAAUUUCAUUGCUCAGGGAGCUUACGAAAAUCGCACUGUGUAUGAGACCCUGGACAUUGGCUGGCAGUUGCUGCGAAUCUUCCCCAAGGAGAUGCUAAAACGAAUCCCACAGAGCAUCCUGGCAGAGUUCUACCCAAGGGACUCGGGUGCCAAGCAUUAACUUGGCGUGCAGCAUUAAUGUUUUUUUUUGUCAUGUGACCUAUUUAUUUCCUGUGAUGUUUUAACUCUUGGAAACUCUGGUAUUUGAACAAAGCAAGCAUUUGUGAUUCUGCUUGUGAUUAUUUUGAGAUCUUUGAUCCUGAGUUGGAUUUGGAGCAUCUAUCUUAGCAGAGUCUGCUGGUAAUGCAGGCCUCUGAGCAAGGCAGUCUUGCAUCUUGGUUACAACCAUGGGUUUGUGAAUAUUUCGGAGAGGCUCUCUUGUGAAUUAUUGACUCAUUGCCAUUGUGUUUUAAAGUAUGGUAAAGGUGCUGAACUGGUUGCCUAUCUGUCAUAGGCAACUUAUGACUAUUAAUUGAUAAUUGAUAUGUAUCUUCCACUAAGUAAUGUGUUAAUUAAUGAUCCCAGUUGAUAAUAUCCAGUGAACAACAGAAGCAAUUAAUUAUUUUGCAACUUAACAUUCUCACAUGAAAAAUUUGGUUUCUUUGCAGUGGUGUGAAGAAAUGAAUUCUUCCAUCCUGUUGAUUUCUUUGGAUGUUGCUCAGACUACUUUAUUGACCUAUGAGGGUGGGAUAGAUGUUCAUUUCACAUAGAAGAAACAUUUUAGUUUCUUCUGUUCACCUACUUGUCCAUAACAGUAAAUGACUUGCUCUCUUAUAAGUAUAUCUUGUAGCAGAGAUGAGGCAGCUGCUGACUUCAUACAGAAUGUCUUUUGGGAAUUGAUCUAUACUUCUGAAUUGGCACCUAACAAGAUUUGUGGAAUGCUUCAUCUGGUAUACCUCUUAGACACCACAGAUAGUUGCUGUACUGUACCUGCUACAAUUAUUAAGGGCUGUCAGCAUUUGCAGUUAGUAUUUUUGCAUUUUGCCCGAAUCCUGAUUCUUGAAGCAAGUGAUAAGACCAAAAGUAGAACAGACUUGUCAGUACUUUUAAUUUGCAUUUUUUUGUGCAAUCCCUUUGAACUUACGGUGGUUUACAUAUUUGAUUAUCUCUGUUGAAGAACAGGCGUUUGUAACAUGUUAGGCAACCUGAGGCGAUCUGGCAAUCCGGUUCCAUCCUUUCUUUGUCUGGAUCUGGUCUGAGGUUCUGCUGUGUUUGGACUUGGAUGGAGAUGGAUCAAGGUACUUGGAGCAUAGUGUGGUCUUUACCAAUAUAUGUAACUGAAUGUAUUGGUAAAUAGCUUGGAAAAUACAGGCUUUUUGUAUAGCAUUCUGCAUGAAACUGGAAGCACUUUUUUAAAAUUUGUGUGCAAUGUGAGGACAGUUGCCCUUCCAUGCUGUCUCGAUCAAUGACUUCUGUGUUCAAUUGAGAUUUUCCUUGUGCUCAGACUGCCUCAGUAUUGCUUGUGGACUUGUGGUCCUUUCAGUUAGAGCCCUUGUGAGUGCAUCAGAGACUAAUUCUGAUUGUAUCUAACUGUGUUUCAUGCAGAUUUUUUGAUUGCAUUUAUUCUGCGUUGACUUUCAUGAGAUGUACACAUUGUUUAGUUGUUCAGUGUUACUUGUAAGUUUACUUUUGUGUUAUAUUCUGUGCAUUCCAUAAAUUCUGAUAUGUGUAUAAAGAUCAUUUGGUUUGAAACUCAAAAUAUUAAAACAUCUUAAAUGUCAACCACGAAUAAAUAAAUGUUAAUAGAACAGUGACAAUUGUUAGCGUCAUUAAUAUUUUUUUCAAUACCCACAUUGUUGAGGCCUGGAAAGCAAAAGUCAUUUAAUGGAAAGCGGCUUUUAAUGUUUGAGAAAAUCAGCAUAUUUUAUGUAAUUAAAUAUUUCUGCAUAGACAA